UCUCUGAUUCUUGGAGGCGGCUUCCUAGGGUGGUGGAGCUGCUGCCUCGCCUUCCGCGCGGGCGCGCUCCGGCGGGACGUGGCUUGCGCGCCUGAACGCCUCUCUCCUAAAAACGCGCAGGAGGACGAGGGAAGAUGCUCCCUGGAGCCAGGCAGUUGCUCCGGAGCUGCCAGGGAAGAUGGCAUGCAUCGCCGCCUCUUCCUCAGCCCCUGGUGCUGCUUGAUCCCGCUCCGGCAGGCGGAGGGAGAAGCAAAGGCGAUUGUUCUUUGCCGACGCACCGGACACAGAUACUAUGUCUGAAGCAAACUGGAAACCUAAGACAUCAUAGAACAGCACUUUAUGGCACACUAGUGCCAUCUGAUGAAGUAACAAUUAAUUAUAAAUAUGGACUACCAGUGAUAACCCUCACACUGCCAUCAAGAGGAGAACGAUGUCAGUUUAUCGUCAAGCCCAUGCUGAUGACUGUGGGAGACUUCCUGCAGGACAUACAGAGGGAAGAUAAUGCAAUUGAAAAGGUAGAAGUCUUCACAUCAGAUGGCAGUGUGAUUUCAACUUCAACACUGAUGGAAGUUCUGUUGAUGAACAACUUCAAACUUGUCAUCAAUGGUGCAGAAUAUAGUGUACACCCCUCACAAAAAGGUAACAUGAGCUCAGAGCGUGUUACAGAGAUAGAUGAUAUCAAGUCUAUGAUCCAAAGAUUAUUUGUAGCACUCCAUUUAGAAGAUCAUCAGAAAAGGAGAGAGAGGGAACUAAUGCAAAAAAUGGAACUUCUAAAAGAAGAACUGUUGCCCCUAGAGCAGAUGAAAGCUGGAAUUGCUGCAUCUGUUGACGCUAAGACUUCUCGUCUUUUAUGGAUUGGCUUAGCCUUAAUGUCAACUCAAGGUGGAGCCCUGGCUUGGCUUACUUGGUGGGUCUAUUCAUGGGAUAUCAUGGAGCCUGUCACAUACUUUAUCACCUAUGGAAGUGCUAUGGCAUUCUAUGCGUACUUUGUACUUACUAAGCAGGACUAUAUUUACCCAGAGGCUCAAGACAGGCAAUUCCUCCAUUACUUUUACAGGAAAUCCAAAAGCCAGAGCUUCAAUGUGGAUCAGUACAACAAGUUGAAAGAGGAACUUGCAGAGGUGGAAGAUGCCUUGAAACGGCUGAAGAACCCCUUGCAAUUGCACCUACCAAUCCAAGAAAUAAAUGGCAAACGUUGAUUUUUUUACAUACUGUAAAUGCAUUAGCCUUGUUGACUUGCCUCCAAAGAUUAGAAACUGGACAUUUUGGACUAUUUUUAAGAGUUUGGAGUAAGGAACUCUAUUAUAAUAAAUAUUGAGCUUAAAACAGUCUGGAAACUAGGACUUGUAUCUCUUAACACAACUGAAAAAUUAAAUGAACCAAUAGCAGUUAUUCUUGAAUUUCUAACCCAUUCUUGAAGCAAAGGACAAAACCAGUUUUUAACUGUUUAUUUUUUUUUAUUCUAUGGCUCCUCUAUUUGAAUGUAAUUUUCAUAAUAAGGUAAAUAAAAAUACAUAAUUGUUUGGUUUGA